AAUACCUGUUGCUUGAACUUUUCGACUGGAAUUCUUCCCUCUUCUGUUAUGGUUAGAGAUUUGGGUUUGAAGUUUUCUGAAAACACUUCUGGAGAAAAGCAUUUUCUUUGUUGUUAAGACCACACGAGUCUUUCUUCUGUGAGGCUAUUCUUGCAAGUAAAUGAAUGGAUGGGAGGGACGGCAUGGCAUUGUCUGGCGGCUCUGCUUCUUACUACAUACAUAGGGGAGGAGGGGUUGGUGGCUCUGGAUCAGGGCUGCCAUCGGCUGGAUCACAUGCCUCCCCUGUAUUCCGGCCAAUGGCUAACCAGGGUGUUUUGUCCCACUCAAAUCUCAGAGGCAACUCGGUUGGACCAACGUAUGCUGUUGAGCCAUCUCAUUCCAAUUACCUUCGUGGGAUUAGUAUGAAUGUCUCACCUGGAGUGAACUCUGGUGAACCUGUAAAGAAAAAGAGGGGGAGGCCAAGGAAAUAUGCUCCGGAUGGGCCGGUCUCAUUGGGUCUGUCUCCCAUGUCUGCUGGUUCUAAGCUCACUCCAGGCUCGAAUUCCUCAACCCCGAGACAACGAAGAGGGCGGCCGCCUGGCUCUGGAAGGAAACAGCAAUUAGCUCUCCUUGGUGAGUGGAUGAACAAUUCAGCUGGACUAGCUUUUGCUCCACAUGUCAUUCACGUUGGAGCUGGAGAAGAUAUUGUAGAUAAAGUAUUGUCGUUUGCACAGCAGAGGCCAAGGGCUGUUUGCAUCAUGUCGGGCAAUGGUACCGUUUCUUCUGUUACACUGCGUCAGCCUGCAUCUACUGGCGUGAGCGUCACAUAUGAGGGUCAUUUCCACAUAUUGUGUUUGACUGGUUCUUACUUGGUGGCUGAAGAUGGUGGUCCUCGAAAUAGGACGGGCGGUAUUAGUGUUUCCCUCUCUAGUCCUGAUGGUCAUGUCAUUGGUGGUGGAGUUGCCGUUCUUACAGCGGCUGGCCCUGUUCAGGUAGUUGCUUGUAGCUUUGUUUAUGGUGCAAAAAUCAAGAAUAAGCAGGUCGCUGGUCUGAGAAGCAAUGACGGUUCCGAAAAUGAUCAUCAUGAUAAUUUGGUUUCGCCGUCGAGUGCCCCAUCUGCUCAAACAUACAAUCCUUCUGCAAUUGGUGUCUGGCCUGGUUCCCGUUCAGUCGAUGUGAGAAACCCUCAUACUGGAAUCGAUUUGACACGAGGAUGAUGAAAUAUUGCAACAGACACAUGUUCAUUUUGUACAUAUGUGUUGUUGUAAAUGAACCAAACCUUGUGAGGACUACCUUUCAUUGUGUCAAGACUUCUUUUCGCAGCGGUUAACAGAUUCGAUGCUAACAUGGUAUGUAGCAAGAGGCUUCAUUUCAAGUUUCUCAAGUCAAUGUUGAUUUUAUUGGACAGAGUUUCUGGUUUUUGCGGGUAGUAUUUCAGGGCAGCUGUAGCAGGAGGGAGAAGCAUGUUUGUCUGAGCAGAAAUUUUCCAUCUAAUGAAAAUUUUAGGGAGCCAUAGGAUAUUAUGUUGUGUUCUAAGAUGUAAUUUUAAGUUAUACAUCAGAGUUUCUCAUUUCAAUUUCCUUUUCAAGGGCUUCUACUUAAGAUGAAAAGAAUUAUAUGGUGGUGUUGGUUAGAAUCAAAACUGGAAUGGAAUAGGAAUUAGAAUUUUGUUCAA